AGAAGAGUGAAGGGAACUGCAUCUUGUGUAACAAUGUAUGUGGGGGUUGAAAAUGUAGUGAGUGAUGGAGAUCUACAAUUAAUUCUAAAGAAUGUGACAGAUCUUGAAAUUUUCAAACCAGCCAUAGAAUUCACCAAGUGUAUUAUAAUCAUAUCAAAUGAGGUUGAAGUGCGUAAUCAAGUUGUAAACUUGAACUAUCCCCUAACACUUUUCAUUCUUCUGCAAGAUAAUUUGGCUCACCAUUCGAAUCCUUUAGGGAAAAAAAAAUUUAAAUUCAUUUUUUAGGAUUUUAAAAUUGCUGUAAUAUUCAAUUUAAAAUGGUUAUCUGUUUAGAGUUAUCACGCUUUAUGAUAAUUACAAAAUGUCCACUUGCCUUUACUUAUUGGGAUAUACAUAAGCAGAAGUUUGAAGGUCUCUGGUCAACCUAUUACUCUACUGUUGUUUACAGAGGAGAACCUAUUACAAGAGAACCUGACUCAUUCUUUAACCAAACAUUCAGAGUUGGGUAUAAUGAUUACAGUUGGUGUUUUUGGUAUGAUAACUUCACAUCAGAUCACUUUCGCAUUGACAAAGAAACCUAUGAAGGUUAUUAUUUGAUACCAUUUAUCGAAACACAUGAGUUGCAAACUAUCUUUAUCAAUGGUAAUGAUACCUGGGGACAUAUUGAUGAGGAAACAGGGAAGUGGACAGGAGUUGUAGGAAUGGUUGGCUAUGGUAAAGCAGAUGUUGGUGUUUCUUGCAUUGGAUACACAUAUGAAAGGCAAUUGGUUUUAUUAUAUUUUCUACAAGAUUUUCAUUGGUUAGUCUUUUUAGCUGUGAGCAUUCUUUAG